AGAGAAUCCCACAAACGGGCGCACGCACUUGCCAAUAGCGAAUAUCCAACCUCUUUUUUCUUGGGGGUGGGAUUAUGCUCUUCUUCCAAGCCAUUCUUCUCCAUAAUCACAGUAAUACUGCCCAUACCACACCCAUACCCAUCGCCAUAGCCAUAGCCAUUGCCAGAGCCAGAGCCCCCUUCUUCUGCUCCCGCUAAGUGGGGGCAUAGAAUAGAAGAAACAAAAAAAAAACAAUACCCACUCAAUUCCCAACUCCGUCGAUAUUGUUAUUCUUGGAUCUGACUCUCUCUUAGCUGUAUCCGACGGGGCUGCGCCGGCCGUCGAGCACGUGGGCUUCUUCUUCCCAGAUGGGCCCUAAGCCUGGCACCGAGGGCUGCUGCAACCCCGUGAAGAAACCUGGCCCCGUCUCCAUGGAUCACGUCCUUCUCGUUUUGAGAGAAACCAAAGAAGAAAGGGACCUUAGAAUUCGUAGCCUAUUCAAUUUCUUCGACGUCGCUAAUGCCGGCUAUUUGGACUAUGCCCAGAUCGAGACGGGCCUCUCCGCCCUCCAAAUUCCCCCGGAGUACAAGUACGCCAAGGAUCUUUUGAAGGUCUGCGAUGCCAAUAGGGAUGGCCGGGUCGAUUACCUCGAGUUCCGUCGCUAUAUGGACGCCAAGGAGCUUGAGCUUUAUCGAAUCUUUCAGGCCAUUGAUGUCGAACACAACGGCUGCAUUUUGCCCGAAGAGCUCUGGGACGCGCUUGUCAAGGCUGGGAUUGAAAUUGAUGACGAGGAGCUUGCACGUUUUGUGGAGCAUGUUGAUAAGGAUAAUAAUGGAAUCAUCACAUUUGAGGAAUGGAGAGAUUUUCUUCUACUCUAUCCACACGAAGCAACUAUCGAAAACAUUUAUCAUCACUGGGAAAGGGUAUGUCUUGUAGACAUUGGGGAACAUGCUGUUAUUCCGCACGGCAUAGCUAAGCAUGUUCAUAGAAGCAAAUAUUUUAUUGCAGGGGGAAUUGCUGGAGCUGCCUCUCGAACUGCAACUGCCCCAUUGGAUCGCCUGAAGGUGAUUUUGCAAGUUCAGACAACACAUGCCCAUAUUGGUCCAGCUUUAAAGAAGAUAUGGAAGGAAGGUGGUAUCCUAGGUUUUUUUAGAGGUAAUGGGAUAAAUGUUGUGAAGGUAGCACCUGAGAGUGCCAUAAAAUUUUACGCUUAUGAAAUGUUGAAGAAUGUGAUUGGUGAUUUUAAGGGUGAAGACAAGGGUGAUAUUGGUGCUAGUGGAAGACUUCUUGCUGGUGGUACGGCAGGUGCAGUGGCUCAAACUGUGAUCUACCCGUUGGAUCUUGUGAAAACGAGGUUACAGACGUGUUCUUGUGAAGGUGGAAGGGUUCCUAAACUGGGGAUGCUUACAAGAGAUAUCUGGCUUCAAGAGGGACCCCGUGCCUUUUAUAAGGGUCUUCUACCAUCCCUUCUUGGGAUUAUCCCCUAUGCUGGCAUUGAUCUUGCUGCCUAUGAAACUUUGAAAGAUAUGUCAAAGACUUACAUUCUUCAUCAUGAUAGUGAACCUGGUCCUCUUAUCCAACUUGGUUGUGGGACAAUAUCUGGAGCGCUUGGAGCAACUUGCGUUUAUCCAUUGCAGGUUGUUAGAACAAGAAUGCAAGCACAACAAUCUACUACUGCUGAUGCUUAUAAGGGUAUGUCUGAUGUAUUUUGGAGAACCUUUCAACAUGAAGGUUUCAGAGGUUUUUAUAAAGGACUCUUUCCCAAUCUUCUCAAAGUUGUGCCAGCUGCAAGCAUUACAUAUAUGGUUUAUGAGAGCAUGAAGAAGAGUCUAGAUCUUGAUUAGAGAGCGUUAUUCAAUUUUGAUGGCGGCAGAGAUAAUCUUGCUGCUGAAAUGCUAAUGCUAUUGAUGAUGACGAUACCAGGUGAAUAAAAUAAGUAAUCAUAUGAUAAUUGCUGUUUAUGAUAGACAAUUAUACCCCCAGGGGUACAAAGGCACAUGAUUUUGUAGUCAGCAUUUUUCUCUAUGCUUAUCUGACAUAAAUAUUGACAAACAACAGUUUCGGCACAUUUUGAAGGAAAAAAAAGAGGGAGAGAGAGAGAAAACUAAAAAAAGGGAAGGCAAUAGGUUUAGUUAUAUAUCUUUUCUUAUACAUUUGAUACAAUGUCCUGAAUAAUUCAGAUUUUUCUCAUUUUGCAAAUACAUUUGGGAUUUGCUCUGCUGUCAUUGGAUCCUAGAGUACAAGCUUCAGAGCCUUUGUUUGGAAGAUAGACUAUAUCAUUUUUGUAUUGUACACGAUGAAAAGUAAGACUAUCUUCUCUUUACAUGCACCCAUCAUUGUUGGCUCUGUUGUCAAUGGAUCCUAUCCAAGUGCACAAGUUUCAGAGCAUUUGUUUGGAAGAUAGACUAUCUUCUCUUUGUUAUUGUACACGAUGAAACAUAUGAUAGGCUAUCUUCUCUUUUUAUCGUAUUCACUGGGAAAAAUAUAUGCACAUGCACCAUCAUUAAAUUCAUUCUCUGUGUAAUGUUGUAAUAAUUUCGGCAUGCCAGGGUUUACAGUCUUAGGACUUAAUUGCAAAUGGUAAGGGCUACAGCCCUUUUUCUGAACUUGCUUUUGUUAUUUUUAUUCCAUGUGCUUCAUUUGUUGGAUCUAAAUGUAUAUUAGUCACCAUUGAUCACAACUUCAUCAGUUUCAAACAUAAACAUACAUAUUUUGUGGACCUCCUGUUAAUAGUUAUUUACAAGACAAGAGCUUUUGUAUUGGGAUCUUAGCAUUA